AUGAAUGUUGUAAAGCAAGAUCCGGGCAGCGAGGAAAUCCAGUUCAUCGGACGCGCCAUACAAGAGGGCGCAAAUGCGUUCCUGCGCCGCGAAUACACGCUGAUUGCCGUUUUCGUCGUUGUCGUCACGGUUAUUCUCGCUUUAUUCAUCGACUUCGACAUCACAGGCAGGGUUGGAGGCGGAAGCAGCAUCCCCGCCACAGCGAUCUCCUAUCUGAUUGGAGCGAUCGGCUCAGGUCUCGCGGGCUUCAUCGGUAUGAGCAUUGCGGUGCGCGCCAACACCCGCACUGCUGUCAAGGCGAUGCAGGGAUUGAACCCGGCCCUCCGCGUGGCGUUCAACAGCGGCGCGGUAAUGGGCGUAUCCGUUGUAGGCAUUGGCCUGCUUGGCGUCUCAAUUCUCUACCUGAUUUUCCGCGACAUCACUGUCGUGGCAGGCUUCGGAUUCGGCGCAUCGUCCAUUGCGCUCUUCGCUAGGGUUGGCGGCGGCAUCUACACGAAGGCUGCUGAUGUUGGCGCCGACCUCGUUGGCAAGGUGGAGCAGGGCAUACCUGAGGACGACCCGCGUAACCCCGCCACGGUCGCCGACAAUGUGGGCGACAAUGUGGGCGAUGUCGCGGGCAUGGGCGCCGACCUCUUCGAAAGCUACGUCGGUUCGAUAAUCGCCACGAUCGCGCUUGCCGCAGUUGGCGCGGCUGCUCUCGGAAUCGCAAACCCCGGCGGCUUCGACGGGAUGCUGCUGAUGCUCCCCAUUCUGGUCGCUGCCAUUGGCAUUUUCUCGGCGAUACUGGGCACUUUCCUUGUGCGCACAGGCGAGGACGCAGACAUGGGCAAGCUGCUCUGGUCGCUGCGCACCGGCAUUCUUGCAUCGGGCCUGCUUGUACUGAUAGGCACCGGCGUAGCAAUCUACGCGCUUGGAUUAGAUUUUAAGCUCUUCUGGGUUGUGCUCAUUGGCUUGGUCGCAGGUCAAAUAAUCGGCACAUCUUCGGAAUACUACACAUCAUUCGAGUUCAACCCGACGAAGCAGUUGGCAGGGCAGGCGGAGACCGGUCCCGCGACCGUAAUCAUCGGCGGGCUCGGUCUUGGUAUGCUGAGCACUGUCAUUCCCGGCAUCGUGGUCGUGGUUGCGAUGGGACUCACUUAUUGGAUGGCAGACACCUAUGGGGUCGCGCUAGCAGCCGUGGGCAUGCUCUCUACCCUUGGGAUCACCCUUGCCACAGACGCUUACGGUCCGGUCGCUGACAACGCGGGCGGCAUAGCGGAGCAGGCACACUUAGACCCGUCCGUGAGAGAGCGUACCGAUGCCCUCGAUUCGCUCGGCAACACUACCGCUGCAACCGGCAAGGGCUUCGCCAUCGGUUCUGCGGUGCUGACCGCUCUUGCGCUGAUGGCCGCCUACUCGCAGGCAGCAAACAUACAGGAGUUCGACCUGCUGAACAUAAGAGUGCUGAUGGGUCUCAUCAUCGGAUCGAUGAUGCCCUUCCUAUUCGCCGCGCUCACUAUGCAGGCGGUUGGCAGGGCAGCAGGCGCGAUGGUCGAGGAAGUGCGCCGACAGUUCCGGGAAAUUAAGGGAUUGCUUGAAGGCACUGCCGAGGCCGAUUACGCUCGGGCCGUUGCCAUAAGCACGAACGGCGCGAUGAAGGAAAUGGUGCUUCCUGGCUUGUUGGCGGUCAUUGUGCCAGUAGCGGUUGGCGCGGUGCUCGGCCCAGAGGCGCUUGGCGGCUUGCUCAUCGGCGCGAUUGCUACCGGCUUCCUGCUCGCUAUUAUGAUGGCGAACGCAGGUGGCGCAUGGGACAACGCCAAGAAGUACAUUGAGGCGGGCAACCUCGGCGGCAAAGGUUCGCAGCAGCACGACGCCGCGGUCGUGGGCGACACCGUUGGCGAUCCGUUCAAGGAUACCUCCGGUCCCGCGCUGAACAUCCUCAUCAAGCUGAUGUCCAUAGUGGCGCUCGUGUUUGCGCCUCUUUUCCUAUAA